UCCUUUUAAAUAGGCUCCGGUUCUCCUCGGUGUUUUACCGAAGUGCCAGUUGGCGUCCGACUAACAGUGUCAAAGACUCGCGGCCGGCUGCUGACUUUCACAUCAUCUUUUUAAACCUGCGUUGGAGGACCGAAAACCCGGCACACUUUGACAUUUUGCCUUUCGGACCCGCGGGAUUUCUAAUUGCCUGCAGCGCUCUGCAUUGCAACGGAAUGAGAGCUAAAUGCAGUGGAAGUCGGACGUAGACCGGGAUCAACACAAGGAGGCGAAGCCGGCUGCAGCCCGUACGGUGCCGGACGCCGGCGUGACCUACUUUCCGCGGAGCUUAACGGACGUGUCUUCAACGCAUCUCGGCGGCCGUGUGGAUGCAUUGGACAGUAACUGACGAGUUGUUCAGCCGCAUAACACAGCAGUGAGCGGCCUUCGUUUAAACGCGCCGCUUCAGAACUCUCCACGAGCCACGUAAGUCAAACGUGUGCAGGCAAAACCGUCUACGCAUAUAAUGGGAACUAAAAUAUAAUGCACGCCGGAUGUUUGUUCUGGCUAUUACAACGCUGGUGGUUUUCCAAAAGGAAAAAAUGAACCAAGCAGUUAACCAAAGUAUUCUGGAUACUACACUCUGCCCUGCCAUUUUCGCUCAGUACACACCAGCUCUGCUCUUUGGAUAAGUCCACAGCUCUCGAAGGUCAAAAGAAGUGCAGUGCUGAGCCGGCGUGGCCUGCGGAUGUCUUAUCUACUCACGAGCAAGGCACUGUAUGGUGAUCACUUACUAUGCUGUGAUUAAAGAAAAAAUACCCAGCAAUAAACACUCUAGGUACUGCUUGAAUAGACGGAUUCAAGAUACAUUUUUGACUGACAAUAAACUGAACAUUAUGGUUCUGAACUGUGGCCAACCAUUACCUCUUCUGAGCCAUACGGAUGUGCCAGCGCGUGUCUUAGAAAACUACAUCCUGACUGGCUACCGGUUCCCAAACUACAGUCUAAGGGAUUGCUUACUAUCGGCAAUCAGGCCCACCAAUGAAACAGGCAACUUUUGGACACACUUCCUCCCACUUUUUAUUUUUUUUUACUACUUUGUGGAGGUGUUUGAUUGGGAAGGUGCGCCACAUGGUGCCGCCCCAUUCUUCUAUCCGUUAUGGAACUACUUCAUCGGGGUGUUCUGUCUGUUAAUGGCGAGCAGCAUGGCCCACCUGCUCAACUCAAUGUCCUUGGUGGUAAGAGAAGUCUGCUUCUUUGUGGAUUACGGCACUAUCAGUUCAUACACUGUUGGUUCAUCGUUGGCAUACUACUACUACAUCCACCCUCGGGCAGGAAUAAAACAUACAGAAGGCCAAAAUGGCUACCAUAUGGACACGAAAAUUGAACCUGCAAGCCUUAUAUCAUUUUAUGUGAUCCCAGAUUUCUGUGUGUUCUUUGAGACUUUAUACAUCCCAGCCGCAUGCGUUGUAGCAAUCUUUUGCGUCUUAUCUUGCUGCAACACUCGGCACAGAUGGAGGCGUCAUCGAUAUGUCAUCCGAACCUUUGUUUUUCUCCUUCCGUUCCUCAUUUCCUCCACGCCAGUCUUCUACCGCCUCCUCACCAGAUCGCCUUACUCUGCCACCUCCUCUUCUUUUGAAACUUCCACCUCCACGGCCGGCUUCUUCUAUCGCCACUGCUUCUGGCUGCUGGUGUCAGCCGUCUUCAAUAUCAGCAAGUUCCCAGAGCGGCUAUUUCCAGGCAGCUUCGACAUCUGGGGGCACAGUCACCAGUGGUUCCACUGUUGCACAUUUUUGUCCAUCCUCGACGAACUUAACAUGAUCAAAACCGAGGUGAGGGCUAUCCUGCUCAGCCAGACUCUGCUGCUGCCACCUGCCAUCCUCUCCCGCCUACCAGGACCUACCAUAGCUUCCACCUACGGGGUGAUGCUACUCCUCCAGACCACCAUCGUCUCCAUCAUCGUGUGGUUCUCCUGGCAUGCUAACAGGAUUUACGGACCUGAGAGAGACGAGCUUGCAAAGGAACACUCCAAGAAACCCCUAAAAGGCCACUGAUCACAAAGACUUCUAUUUUGUCCUCUAUAAUACCAACUGUGAAGGAUCAUUUGCAAAUGCACAGCCAUGCCACCAAGCACAAUAUUAUUUUCCUCAUAUGUUCCCAGCUCUUGAACAGUUUCAUUUCAAGCUUUUAUGGGCAUUGAUCUGGGACAAUUUGAAGGGAUUAUACUCUGAGCUCACCACAGGGUGGCUGUCUGGUCGAGUGGAUAUUGACCUUGCUAGUUAUUUCCAGUUCUGAGCUCAUCCAGCAUGUCAAUACAAGAUGUCUGAGCAGUGGAGAUAAUAAUUACUUCCAAGGCCCGUACACUUCAGAUCAAUCUAGAAUUUAGCUAAUGUGGCUUAAAAGCGUGAGUAUUUGCAGAAGUUGCUGAUGUACGUCUGUGGUCAAAUAUUUCCUACUGUUCCACUUCCCCUUUACUCUGACCUUAUACAACAUCUAUUGAAAAGUGUCUAUGCCCCCCCUCCCCUGAAAUGACCUCCCCUCCAGAAAAGUCUGGAAUUAAAAAAUGUAUGUAUGUAUAAAAUGUUAAAAAAUAUAUAUAUAUAUAUUUAAGAAACAAAAACAAAUCUCCGCCCCCAGGAGGAGGGGGUAGUAGUAUGACUGGUCGCCUGACCCCACCCCCCCUGAAGUUGUAAACCUAGGGGAAACACUGGCUUCUAUUUCUCUUGACACUCACAAGUUUCAUUUCCUCUUUCCAAGGGACCCUUGAAACAGCAAGUGUCUUGGCCUGCCUUGAUACUGCAAUAGAAAUAGCUCAGAGCUCAUAUCACUCCUUCAGUAAAGCCUUGUACCUUUACAUUUUGUUCGGUUCCUCAUAAAAUGUGUUUUCACAGUUUAAAUUACUCUAGUUCAGAUUAUAUAUCAUCAAAAUAUAUAUAUUCAAGCUAAAGCCAUAUUUUGGAAAGUAGGUAUUUAAAAUACAACUAACGAUAUGCUAAUGGCCAGUUAAAGAACUCAAAAAGAAAAGUAACUAUAUUGUCCAACCAAGGGGUUGCAGUUAAAUAUGUUCCUUGGUAUUGCUAAUUGGCGAUCUUUGCUUACAAAGUUUUCCGUUGGCUCCCACGGGAAACUGCAUUCAUGGUGACCUGGUGUGAUUUUUUUUUUUUUCCAAUAGCUUGGCAACUGGUGGAUCGCGAUCGACAGAUUAGCCACCACAAGUCUAAACCAUACUUGUUUCCAUGUACUUGUUACCAAUGGAAUGCAUUCCCAGCUGAUCAAUGAAUCAAAAUUCGACCUGAACAAGACACUUGUUGUAUACCCGAGCCAGAGGAAAGGAUUUCUACAGAGAAUUACUUAUUCCUCUCUUCUCGGUUAAUUUACACACUGAAAAUGGGCCGUGACUAUCAGCGCUCUGAAAGGUUUCCUCUGUUUCUUUCCGUGUUUUAUGCGUACGCGUUUCUGUCGUGUUGCAGCUUUAAGCUAAAAGCUUUAGCUUUUAAUUCACACAUUGCAUUGAUACGUUGAACUUAUGUUGGUCAAUGUCGGAUAUGUAAAAUGUUUCUAUUACCACUGUUAAAAAAGGAUCAGAUUUUGGAGGGUGUGUCAAAAUCAUGCUGUUAUGGUGCACCUCAAACUUUUAGCAAAACUACUCAAAAUGUUCCUUUUAAUAGAGCAUUGCAGUAGUGUAUUAUUUCAGGUGUAAAUUGUGCUUCUAAUAAAUGGCGGACAAUGCAUGCAGUAUUACCAUGAGAAGAAACAUCGUUGAGUUAUGGAUCUUGUCCUGUCCUGUGUUCGAAUUUAUCAAUAUUAACUUUAAUUAUUAUUAAUCAAUGAAAAGUGCACACUGCUGUAUCUAACCCAGUCAAGUACUUAGGGUUGACUGAGGAACAACACAAAUCUAUUUAAGUAUAUACACAUGCAUUUAAAUUAUACAUUACAAGAGGAUGAUUAUCAAAUCUGUUCAAUUCAUAAGUGAAAUGUCUAUAAUAUUUUUGAUUGACUUUAUUGAAUAAAUUAAGCAGAGAAUUA